UAAGAAAUCGUUGUUUAGAAUUAUCAAUGCUGAAGAGGAAGAAAGAGAAGAGAAUGCCCUAGGGCCUCUUCCAGGGAAUUUUCUAUGCUCAGAGUGGUGCAGGGAUCGGGAGGCGGUCCGCGGGAGGCAGCAGCAGCAGGCGGCGCAUGGUCAACACAUUGCGUUGUUGAUCAGCAGCAAAACGUUUGCUCCUUUCCUCACUCCUGCAACACCUUUCAGAAAUGAACCUCUCUGUUAUACCAGCCUCAAGAUGAGCAUAGGUCAGGCAUGCAAGUACUGCACACAUGGAAAGAUGAGACCUAUCCAUUUUUCUUGGGAUCAAGCUGUCAUUCUCUGUGACAACAAGAAGUGCAAGUCAAUACUCUGUGCCUCUCCUUCUGAUUGUAUUAUCAAGAAAGACCUCCUGCACUGUGCACAGAAGCCAUUUUCAGCAUUUGAUCCACCAAACUUGUUGAGUGAUGGCAGUGGAGGUAGCAGCAGUGGCAUAUACUCAGAAGCAAGAAGCUCACUACCAAGUCCUGCUCAGUCACGAAAAUCUGUUACUGAUGAAGAAGUAGAAUUGUUACUGAGUCCAUCAUAUUCUCCACUAAACUUCAAGAAUCACUUAGACAUUCUCUCAAAAUCAUCUGAUUUAGACAGUCAUACUCAGAUAGCACCAGAAAAAUCCAGUGAUCAUUCAGGUUGCUCUAGAUAUGAUGGAUUCUUUGAAUUAUUGGGAAAUCUUGAUCUGGAACUUCCAACACAGCCUCCAAAUACAGAACCACACACAGAAUCAUCUGUGGAAACUGGCUUGGAUUUUGUCACAGCAGAAUUAGAGAGAUGGAUGAGAGAUUUUGAGUUUCCAUCAGAUGGUACAAAAAAAUCAAGUAUUAUUUCAGAUGAUUGUCAGCAAGCACCAGAUGAAUUAUCAAGGGCUGCUUCCUCAGAUAGUUGUUACCAGUUUCCUGAUGAAGUAGUGAGUGCUGAGUCACUUACUAAAGAAUUGCAAGGACCUUGUAUACCAAGUCACAGGUCAGCCUUUUCUCUUGUAGAUGUAUCGCAUGAAGAAUCUGCAUCUUUCAAUAAUGAUGAGCAAAACUCUUCACAUGGUUCCUUGAGUUUUCGUAGUUUAUCUACUGAAAGAAAUGAAACUUCAGAAUUAAUUCAGAAGUGUGAGAGUUUUUGUUUAUCUGUACCAUUUGUAAAGGAGUUUGUGAAAGAAAAUAUGUCAAGUUUUCCCACACGUUUCAUGUCUCCAACUGCUUCAGCAGUGAGUGAAGACAGUGGGUACAAUGAUGAGGAUGGUAAAUCUUCAUCUAAUUUAGAAUCAGCUGCUGGUGAGGAAAAUCAGAAGUUAUCUCCGAAAACAUUAAUUUAUUCAUCAAUGAAAAAUGUAGAUGAUGCGAUGAAGUGUGUAUCUAUCAAGCAAUCACAGCAGAUCAACUUUGAAAAACUUAUACAUAAUAGUUUGGACUGGCCAGGAAUGUCUGACAUACAUACACUGACUGUGCUGCCAGCUAUGGUAACUACAGAAAACGAUUUCACAAACAGGCCUCGGGAAUCAUUGAGUGUGUCCUCCAUUACCCAAACCACCAGCAGUGGGGAAAUCUGUGUCACUGAGCAAGAUGAAAGGGAGAGAAUUAAUUUUAGUACGGAACAGUUUGAUGGAGGAUUGCAGAUUCCUAUAGAAUCAUGUGAGGAUCGUGAGCAUGUUAGUGUGUUUUCAGAAAAUCAUAAUUAUGCUUUAGCAGAUGAGAAUCACAGUGUCAGUAUUUCUGAUGAUCAUGAAAGGGUGCUCUUGGAAAAUCAUGAUCAUACAUUAGAUGUGAAUCAUGGUGUCAGAAUUUCAGAGGAUCAUGAACAUGAUGCUUUAUUUUCAGAAACACAUAAUCAUGUAUUAGCAGAUGAGAGUCAUGCUGUUAGUAUUUCAGAAUCCUUUGAUGUUUCCCUCAUAUCUCAGUCUGCUGACUGCAUAGUGAGUGAAGGCUCUAGUCAUUCUACAUUUUUUGAACCAAAAAAUGUAUCAGAAGAUAAUGCUAAUAGUGCAAAUGGUUUAGACACUUCCAAUGAGACUCCCUUCAUAUCUGAGGAAGAUAAGAACAAGGAAAAAAAACAAAGUAAAAUUAAGAAUUUUAAAAAUUUAUGUGAUCUCAGUGUGAGAAAAUGUGUUCCAUUGGAUAAUGAUGGCACAGUUCCUAACCCCAAUGAAUCAAGGAUUAGUGAUAUAGAAAAGAAUGUAAAAAGAAGGAAAUGCAAGAUCUCUGGAUACAAUUACAGUGAAGGAGGAAGACAAAAUUUGGCCUUGAAAAAGGGGCACUUGAAAAAGUCACGAAACCGUGAACAACCAAAAAGAUCAGGAAUGGCUUGUAAAGUUCUUCCUCACUUAUCAAAACAUCGGAUAUCAUCAUUGAGAAACCAGCCAUCUACCUCAUCUGGGGAGACCCUUUCUGCAAAGAAUGAUGCAGAGGAGCUUCAUGAAAGUGAUAAUAAAAGGAACUUGACAGCCCAGAAUCCAGGAUGGCAGAUUCCACAGGGAAGAACCAGCCGUCUUUGUAGAAGAAUGACUAACCUCAGCCCAAGGAAACUUCUGGUGGGUCAGAUGAACAGAGACCCAUGGUCAGUUACAGACCUCUACUUGGAGGAGGUGGCAAUAGAAAUUAUAGUGCAAGAUAAGCAAGAGGCGAGUCAUUCUGAUCAAGCGGCUAAAUGUGACGUGCAGCUUCAGGAUCUGUUGAGUCUCUUUGGAAAGAAGCAAAAUGAAUCUGAAAUAUCCCAUUUAUCUACCUCAGAAACUACAUUAGCUUUACCAUCUGAAGUCAGUGGUGAAAUAUUAGAGAAAAAUAAUAGAGAACUUCCUCUCAAGGGAAGAAGUAAGAUAAGUUAUGAGAGUGAGGGAAAGAAAAUUGAAGAUCAUGAAAAUCCUACUAUAAAUGGUGAACAAAUUGCUCAACAUUUUUUUGUUACUAAAGACUCAAGACAAAAGGAGCAUGUAGACACACAUAACAUUGAACAGAAAGAUAUUGCUACAAACAUAUUAUACAAACAAGCUAAAGGGCAAAAUUCUUCCCAGUGUGAUAUUGAUAAAUCACAUCUUACAGACAUGGCUCUAGAAAAUUCUCAAUCAUUCCAGAAAGUAGAUUCUAACUUUGAAAACCUCUCAGUGCAAAGAGAUUGGUAUUCAGAAGCAAAUGUGGAAAAUUCACUCACUGUGGAAAUAGAUUCAAAUAGUUUCUUCAGUGAGGAAGUAGGAUUAUUAGAACAGCAGUUAAUUUCCAAUACACAUGAAAGUAUGCACACAUUAUCUUCAGAAGAUGGUAAUGAACAAGUAAUUGCUCAUAGCCUAGAAACACCUUUCAGUGUAAAGCAAUUAGGUUCCAGCAUAUCUGAGAGUGUUCACACAUCAUCUCUUGAGAAAGACAAUAACAAACAAAUUGUAUUUGGUGGUCAAGAAACUUCUGUGAUUGUGAAGCAAUCUUUUGACAAAACUCAAAGUGAAACAAACCAUGACUCUUUGAAAACAGAAAGCUCUGAACUGAAUAUGGAGAACUGUGUCAUUGAAAGAACCCCAAGUCUGCCAUCCAAUAUUGAUAAAAAAUCAGUUUUUGAACUCACUGAUAGACAUUAUACUGAUGGUUAUACCAGUGAUUUGAAUAUUCAGAAAACUUGUGAGUAUACAAAUCCUCGGUUUGAAAAAGUGUUCGAAGAGGAAAAAACACUGAUAAAAAAACUAAAUUCAUGUACACCAGGAAUAAUCAGUCAUGGUCAGUUUGAUAACAUGGAUACAUGUAGUAGUGAUAUGUACCCCAGCAUUUCUCCAGAAGCCAGCUCACAUUACUUUUUUAACAACCAAAAAUUUGGACCUGUUCGCAGUUGGAUUGGAGAUAGUGAUGACUUAUCACUGACUGGUAAUGAAUUCAGAUUUAAGGAAAGAAUGAUAAGAAACAAUAUUCAUUCAAAAUCUUUUUUAGAUUUAAAGUCAGAGUUUUCCUCAAGCAAGUAUUUUCAGUCUUUAGUUGAGGACAUGGAGGUUGAUGAAAGUUUUCUUCAGUGCCCUGUUGAUGAACACCCAAGUGAAACUUUUUUUGAGCAUUUCAAAAGUCCUCUCUUUUUUGGGGAAACUGCAAGUAAUUCUACUGUCCACAUAGAAGUGCCUGAGGCAGUUGAGCCUGAUUUUAUUUACAGGGACUGGUCAGAAUCAAGCAGUACAAGUAAGUCAUUCUUUCAGAUAUAUGAUCAGCACUUAGCUGGCAGUGUGACAUCAGCAGCUUAUACACAAGUAUCUCAUGUGCCUUUGCCAAGCAACAUGGCUCUAGUUCCUAUUACCUCAGUUCCCAGUAAUGAUCCUUCAUCUAAAGUCUUAUCUGUUAUAAGAAAACAAGACCUUGGAAAAAAAACAAUCAUUCCAAAUAAUCCAAAAGUAACACACAUAUUAGCCUUACCAAAUGUAAAUGUCCCUAUUGAUGGACCAGAACCAUCUUCAUCAAUAUUCAGAUUGCCUUCAGAAAACUUAAUACCCGAAACUUCAAUGGCAGGAUCUUCUGGCGAUGUAAAUGUUAGAGGCAAGAAACCUGAAUCAAUCAAAUGUGUUUCAGAACGGGAAAUUGACACUUCCAAGAAACUUAUCAACCAAAAGCAAGAUUUUGCUCUUGAGUGUGCUGCCACUGCUAGUUCAGGUAAUGGAACAGAUCAAGAAAAUUGUUCUAAUACAGAACAAGUAAAAUUUGAUAAAAACAGUAAAAAAUCUGGUGCCUUAUCAGAUUGUUCUCCUCAGGACAUAUUAGGUAAGGAAUCAAGAUUAGAUGUAUUGAAAAUAAAAUCAAAGUCCAUGUCAUCCAUACCAAGUUCCAAAGAAAUUUCCCUUUCCCCUUCUGAGCCACUCAGUUUGAUGCAAACUUCCACAUCUCAUUGUUCAGCUGGUAUUCAGAAUUGUAAAACCUGUUUUUGCAAUUUAGGAAACAUGGAGAACAAAGCAGAAAGCACUAUGGCUUGUAAGGAACAAAUUGAAUGCCAGCAAGACUCUCUGUCAGAUUUAGGCCCCUCUGAUUUAGAUGUUAAUAGUGAUAGGAUGCCAAUAAUUUCCUUUGAUCCAGAUGAUGAAAUCCAUAUAACUAUUCCUGAAAACAUUCUUGAACAUAGAUGUAAUCCUCAGGAAAAAAAUGAAUCUUGUACCCUAAAAAAUGAUAUGAGUGAAAAAUAUUUGGUUGAUGUUCCUGUUGAUCAGUGUAGUAUAAAUGAAGAUAUUAUAUCUGCAUUUCAUUUUGAUGAAAUUGAGAAGGCAGAGCUGUCAUUUACAAAGGCAUAUAAUCUUGGAUUAAAGAGGAAGACUGAUGAUGAAUAUGAAAGCCAAAAGAAAUUUAAAUUACUUGAUACAACCACUGAAGUAAGAGUUAGUGAAUAUAUACCUCAAAAUGAAAACCAGUCACCAGCUUCCUCCAAUUCACAGCAUAGUUUACACAUGUGUGGAAUUCUUGAUAAUUCAGUUCCUCAUGAUAAGUACUGUUGUAGUUCAUUACACCAAGACUUUGAGGAUCUUCCUGAUCAUACAGCUGACAAGAAAAAUACUCAGCAGGCAGGGAAAACUUAUGCAGGAUCCAGGAAACUGUGCAAAAAUAAUGAGAAGUCUAAGGAUGCAGCAGUGUAUGAUAUUCUCAAAUCAUGCAUUGCCAAAGAUUCUACUGAUAAUGAUUACUCAGUUUGUAGUAAUGCCAAAGAGACCACUACCCAUAAAGUUUAUGACCAGACAGUAUUUGAUGAUGAUGCUAAGUUUGGUUCUGUAAAGGCAAGUCCUCAAUAUGAUAGUCAUUCAUGUUUGAGGGUAGAGACAGAAGGAGACAACCUUAGCUUUUUUCAGUUAGAUUCCUUUGAUAGUGAUUUCUUAGGUUCAUUUCUUUCACCAACUGAAAGUAAUUUAUCAGUACCCAAAUCAUCUAAGGAGGAAGAAGAUUCAGAACACUUUACCCUCUUAAAAUCUUAUGCUAGUUUGGAGGCUGAGAAACAGGAAAAUAUUGUUAUGAAGAAAUUGCAACAAAAGAAGAUAUUAUUAAAUGAGGAAAUUCUACAUAGUGCCUCAGAAUGUGCAUUACGAAUGGAUAAUGGUGAUGAUUUAGAAGAUAAAAGAAAUAUUGUACCAUCAUAUAUUCCAAGUACUGAUGAUGUUUCAAGAAAUGUGCACCAGUUUAGUGCUUCAUGUGAAGAAGCUAAGCCACUUUUUAGAUCUAAAUGUUCAUCUGUUGAUUACAAGGAAUCUCCUAGCUUUUCAGAUGCUAUUGAGUUAAACCAGGCACUUAGCAAAACAAGUGUGUUAAAAGGCUCACAACCAUCCAAUAAAGCAAUUGUGUUGAAGUCUUUACAACCAUCUGGUAAAACAGUUGUAUUGAAAUCCUCACAGCCAUUUGGCAAAACAGUUGUACUGAAAUCCUCUCAAGCAGUAGGAAAAACAAUUUUGUUGAAAUCCUCUCAAUCAUCUAGUAAAACAUUUGUGUUGAAAUCCUCACAGCCAUCCAACAAGAUAAUUGCAUUAAAAUCACCACAACCAUCCCCUUCAGUUUCCUCUCAUAAUUCUGAUAAAUCUAACAAAACUACAUGUUUUACACAGUUAUCUCCUUUGCCUCCAGUGAGUUCUCAUGUUUUAGACAAUAUGAAUAUGACUACUGGUAGAGUUUAUCCCAGGAACCAAAAUGUUACUGGUGCUGCUGUUCCUCAGUCACUUCUGUUGUUACCACCUCAUACUAAAGAAAACAAAGCACUUCAACCUUUGGCUAUGACUCCUUCCUCGUUUGCACAUAAUGGCACAACUAGUAGUCAGAUGAUUAGUUCUGGUGUUCAGAAACAAGUAUCUCUAAUAGAUUAUCAAACUCCUGUACCAGCAAAUCCACCAACUAUAGUUCCACCAGCUUUAGCCACCAAUAAUAGAGAUUUAUCAUCCACUAUAGCACAGGGAGGUCAUAUACAUUGUCCAGUAGAUAGAAUUGUAAGGAUGGUGGCUUCACCAAUUUCACAUGACUGCAUACAAGUUAAAAAGAGUGAGAUACAGGAACAAAAGGAGAAGAACUUAGAAUCAUAUCCAAAUAAUGGUAGUAAUCAGGAGACUUCCAGCAUGCUUAAGAUGAUCAAAUUGGGCUCGAAUGGUCAGUUUUACUUGAGACCCUCAUCAGCUUUAAAAAAUGCCAUAUCAGAAAUGAGGAAAAAGAAGAAUAUUGAAGAUAAAGAAGAGAAGGAAACUAGUUCUGGAUAUCUAACCCUGCCUGAUGGCAAUCCAAUUCCUCAUCCAAUUUUCAUUCCUUCUAAAAAGGUUGAAGAAGUGCAAGUAAUAAAACCGAAGAGAAAGAAGAGGAGGAAGAGAUGUGUCAACAGAAUUAAGACUCUAUUAACAGAAAAGAUUAAAGAGUCUUUUGAAUUUAAUAAUAAAAAUGAAAUUCCAAAAGUUAUGGUAGUCUAUGCGAGGGGAAGCUUCCAUAUCUGUCAGAUAGACGUUUCAGAAGACAGAUAAUAUUACGUUAUGUAUGUUAACAGGAAAAUUAAAUAUAACUGAAAAAUAUGCUGUGAUGUUUUUUAUUUAUUUACAUAUUUUUAUACUUCAGUUUGUGACAAUGUGAUAACAAUUGUACUCUAUUAAUAAAUGUUAGACAAAAUA